UGUUCUGCAAAAUAAAUUCAUUUGAAAUAUAUAUGUUUUUUUAAAGCAUGUUCACAUUCACUCAUAAUAUAGUAUCUGGAUUUAAAUAGAUCUUGUUGGAGUAAUGUUAAGAGAAUCUUGCUGUUACAAAUAAAAAAAUAUAUUGACAUAUAAAGGAAUUUGCACAUGCAAUGCAUUUCUAAUGACUUUAUAGCUUAUCAUAAAUUAAAUGUUUGCUUUUGUCAUUGAUUGCAAGUGGAUGAGUAUUUUAAAGUUUGUACUAUGUGUUUUUAUUAAUGUUCAAUUUGUCAUGUGACCUUAUUAGUAUUUGGAAUUGUGUAUGUAAUCGGGUAUUUUUAUUCUUUCAAGGUGAAGUUGAUGGUCUUAUAUCCCAAGCCUUGUUGACUGGAAAUAUUGCAUCUGCUGUUGAAAUUUGUAUUGAAGAUAAUAGGUGGGCUGAUGCUUUAGUUUUGGCACAAGCUGGUGGCCCUGACAUUUUACAGAAAACCCAAAGAUUAUAUUUUAAAUCUGUCAGCACUAAUUCAUCAAAAUUGAUAUCUGCAGUUGUUACUUCAGAUUGGCUUUCUAUGGUUAAAAACUGCAAUAUUAAGUGCUGGAAGGAAAUAUUAGCUGCCAUUUUAACCUAUGCAAAGCCUGCGGAUUUUGCUUAUCUGUGUGAGCACCUAGGUCGUCGUUUAGAGAAUGAGCCGAAAUUAAAGGAAAAUGCUGCAUUAUGUUACAUAAGUGCUGGUAAUCUUGAACGACUUGCAGAAUCAUGGGUUAAAAUUCACGAAAAUAUGGAUGUUACUACUCUGCAGAGUUUAAUUGAACAAGUCAUGAUUCUGAGAAGAGCCGUGGAGCAAUUGUCUGGCACAGCACCUGCCCUUGAAACUGGGGUCCUCUCGUCUCUCCUGGGACAGUAUGCAGAGAUGUUGGCAACUCAAGGCAGCCUCAACAGCGCUGCAACUUAUCUAGUUGAUCCAAAUGAGAGAACGUUGGCUAUUUUGAGGGACAGGAUUUACCAGGCUCUUGGAUAUCGUUCUCCCCAUUUUCCUUUUCAGAGAGUUGAUGUGCGUCGCUCGAGCUCUGUGUCGGUUACACAGCCACAGUAUGGACAACAACAGCAGCAGCAGCCUAAUUUAUCUCAACCAAGGAGGCAAUCUUUCCAGGCACCAGCUGCACAACCACAAUUCUCUUAUGGUAGUGUAGCUCCCUCAAUGCCUGGAAAUUUUGCCUAUUCUACAAGCAAUACAUCUGCUCAAUAUCAACAGCCCCUCCCUCCAAUGGUAACUCCACCACCAAGUGCCACAAUACCACCUCCCAUGUCUCCAGCUAUGCCUGCAGCUGCUGCCGCCCCGUCAGAACCUCCUACCCAGAUGCCAGCGAAAAGUACUGCUGGAACUCACCAUUUAUCUCAAAGAUAUCCUAGGCAUUUACAUGAUCCUAGUGUUUAUUCUGAAAACACUUAUUCUAACCAACAGUAUUAUCAACCACAAGCAUUCUCUGUGGCUCAGCCUCAAAUGAAUCCUUAUCCGCCUCAGCCAGCGGUCUCUUCAUAUUACUCUCCGCCUGACAGCAAUGUUGGUGGAAAUGUUGCAUAUCCUCCUGCUAGUGCUAGUACAGGUGCUCCUUUCUAUCAACAAACGGCUUUUAAUGCCUACCCACCAGGGGCACAAAUGCAACCUCAGGCUGCUCCUCUUCCUCCUCCUGCACAACCAUCAUCCAUAUCUCAGGCUCCCUUACCCAGUUGUUACAAUGAAGUCAAGCCUGGAUGGAAUGAUCCUCCUCUAUUAAAACAAGCUCCUGUCAAACGUAGUACAAGCUUUGAAACUCCAACUCCAAUAACAUCACCAUUUCCUGAUGUACCGGUUCCAGAGCCACAAAUGCUUCCCCAGAAUCAAAAUGCUCCUCCUGGUGGCUAUUUUACGCCUCAGUAUCCUUCACAACCUCCGGCAUCGUUGAUGAAUCCGACACCUCCGGUUCCAAACCCGGUGCCUGAGGAAUUGGCAAAACCAAAUCCUCCUAUUAUUCCUGAGCCACCGAAAGAAAAAGGGCCAAUUCCUCCAGAACAUCAAGUUUUGCAAGAUAUCUUUGAAGAUUUGAGAAGGCAGUGUCAACAAAUAGCCACAAAUCCUCAAACUAGGCGAAAAUUAGAUGACGUUGCAAAGAAACUGGAAAACUUAUACGACAGACUUCGUGAAAAUACGCUUACAAAUCAAGUGACUCAUGGCUUGCAUCAGAUAGUGCAAGCGAUAAUGCAAAGUGAUUAUUCAACUGCAUUGGCAAUCCAUGGACAAAUUGUUGGCAGUGCGAACUUUAGUGAAAUCAGUGGAUUUAUGCCAAGCAUAAAAGUGCUCUUACAAGUUGCAUCUCAGCUCAACGUUUUUCUUCAAUAAAAAUAAUUGAUUUAUAAAUGAAUAAAUGCAUUUUCAAAUGAGCAUUAUGUCCAAACUUGUGGGUGCCAAAUAUGUUAAUUUGGUGUGAAACCCAGGAAAAAUCAAAAGAUCAAAUUUUUAACAAUUAUGCGGUUUUAUCUUUAAUUGCAAGCAUUUUCCUUUAUAGGAUAUAUAAAAUAUCUGGCUUCAUGCUAUAAAAAGGGAAGAAACGAACCUUCUCCAGUUAUUUUUGAUUAUGAAGGAUUUCAGUCAUCUGGUUUGUCAAUAUUAAAGAAAUUAAUUAAAAGGUUAAUUAGGUAAAGAUUAAUUUUUGAGGUUGUGCAAAGUAAUAUUCGGAUGAUGAGUAAUAUAUUUGUAUACUUACGUUUUUCCCUUAACAGUAAAUGCCUGCACUUUAAAAAAUUUAGUGUUUUACUUAGAAUAAUAAUUUUUCUAUAGGUGUUUAAUUUUCCAUUAAAUUAUUUAGAUAUGGCUAAAGAUAUUUUAUAGCCCUUUUUAAGCAAGUUUCUCGAAAAUUUGUUGGAUUUUUUUAAUUACUAAAAUUUGAAAAUGCAUUUUUCUGAAGAUAUUAUAGGAAAUAAAUUUGUUAGAAUGAUUUAUUUUUACAAGUAUUCAAUGUAAAGAAAUUCCAUUUAUCUUUAUAUUGUUUAACUGCUUCCAGCAUAUUGCAAUUCUGAAACCAAAAUGUAUUAAAAGUGAAAGUUUAACAUUGCUGUUCAGACUUUUAUAUUGGAUUCAAGUGUAUCAUAAGAUAUAUAAUAAAUAAAUUCAUAUAUA